AUGGGUUUAGUCAACGGGAGAGCGUUGACCUCUCUCCUCGCGGCGUUGACCAUCAUCGUCGUCGUCGUCGACGCGAGGUUCGUCGUGGAGAAAGAGAGCAUAAGCGUUCUGAAUCCGGAGGAGAUGAGGUCGAAGCGCGACGGCUCCAUCGCGAAUUUCGGUUUACCCGAUUACGGCGGGUUUCUAAUCGGGUCAGUGGUUUACCCGGAUAGUAAAACCGAUGGUUGCUCUGCUUUUGGUAAAACCUUCAAGCCCAAGUUUCCUCGCCCCACUAUUCUCCUUCUCGAUCGUGGAGGCUGCUACUUUGCCUUGAAGGCAUGGCACGCGCAACAAGCAGGAGCCGCAGCAGUUCUUGUGGCAGACAAUGUAGACGAGCCAUUGUUGACAAUGGAUUCACCAGAGGAGAGCAGAGACGCAGAUGGGUUCAUAGAGAAGAUAACAAUCCCAUCGGUACUAAUCGAGAAAUCAUUCGGAGACAGCUUAAGACAAGGGUUUAAGAAAGGCAAAGACAUAGUCUUGAAGCUAGACUGGAGAGAAUCUGUGCCUCAUCCUGACCAGAGAGUAGAGUACGAGCUGUGGACUAACAGCAACGACGAGUGUGGUGCAAGGUGCGAUGAGCAGAUGGAUUUCGUCAAGAACUUUAAAGGUCAUGCUCAGAUACUCGAGAGAGGCGGUUACACCGCGUUUACGCCGCAUUACAUCACUUGGUUUUGCCCGUUUCAGUUCAUAAACAGUCCACAGUGUAAGUCUCAGUGUAUAAACCGUGGGAGGUAUUGUGCUCCUGACCCUGAGCAUGAUUUCAGAGAAGGGUAUGAAGGGAAAGAUGUCGUGUUUGAGAAUCUGAGACAGCUUUGUGUGCAUAGAGUUGCGAAUGAGAGUAGCCGAGGUUGGGUUUGGUGGGAUUAUGUUACUGAUUUUCAUGCUCGGUGUUCGAUGAAGGAGAAGAAGUAUAGCAUAGAGUGUGCUGAGAAUGUCAUCAAAUCUCUGAAUUUACCUAUUGAGAAGAUCAAGGAAUGCAUGGGUGAUCCUUUGGCUGAUACAGAGAACCAAGUUCUGAAAAUAGAGCAAGUAGUUCAGAUUGGCAGAGGAGAGCGAGGAGAUGUUACAAUAUUGCCAACAUUAGUCAUCAAUAACGCUCAAUAUCGAGGGAGAUUGGAGAGAACCGCUGUUCUAAAGGCGAUAUGUGCAGGAUUCAACGAAACAUCUGAUCCUCCCAUUUGCUUAAACACAGGUCUUGAGACUAAUGAAUGUCUUGAAAACAAUGGUGGUUGCUGGAAGGAUACAAAGGCAAACAUAACUGCUUGCAAAGACACAUUCAGAGGAAGAAUCUGCGAGUGUCCGGUUGUUAAAGGUGUUCAAUAUAAAGGCGAUGGGUAUACUUCAUGUACACCUUAUGGGCCUGCGAGGUGUACUAUUAACAAUGGAGGUUGCUGGUCUGAUACAAAAAAUGGCUUAACUUUCUCUGCUUGCUCAGACUCUGUGUCUACUGGCUGCAAAUGUCCUGAAGGAUUCCAUGGCGACGGUCAGACCUGUGAAGAUAUCAACGAAUGUAAAGAGAGUACAGUGUGUCAAUGUAGCGGUUGCAGAUGCAAGAACACAUGGGGAGGACACACAUGUAGCUGUUCUGGUGACAGGCUUUACAUAAGCGAUCAAGAUACUUGUAUAGAGAGAUAUGGAUCCAAAACAGCAUGGUGGCUCACACUCUUGAUCCUAGCUGUAGUGGCUGUAGCCGGUUUAGCUGGUUAUCUAUUCUACAAAUACCGGUUCAGGUCUUACAUGGACUCGGAGAUUAUGACGAUCAUGUCACAGUAUAUGCCACUUGAGAGCCAAAGAGCUCGUGAAGUUCCAUCAGAAGCCGAGCCUUUCACACACAACUCUACAGCCUAA